AUGACCGAAACAAUAAAAAGAAAAAAAGGAGGAGGUUUUGAAUCCAUGAAUUUAGUAUAUCCAGUAUACAAAGCCAUAAAAGCUCGUGGUUUUAACGUCCCGACCCCAAUAUAGAGAAAAGCGAUUCCUUUAAUCCUCGAAGGUCGUGAUAUAGUAGCCUGUUCUCGAACAGGUUCUGGUAAAACUGCCGCAUUUGUAAUUCCUUUAGUAAAUAAGCUCUAAACACACUCUAGAACAGUCGGUGCGCGUGCCUUAAUAGUAUUACCUACUAGAGAAUUAGCUUUAUAAAUAACUUCAGUAUUAAAAUCUUUUAUAAAAUUCACUGAUUUAACAUAUUCAUUAUUAGUAGGAGGCCAUAAUUUAGAAGGUUAAUUUGAGAGUUUAGCUGGAAACCCAGACAUAUUAAUAGUUACACCAGGUCGUUUAUCAUAAUUAAUAGAUGAAACCGGACUUACAUUAAAUAAAGUAGAAUUUUUAAUAUUUGAUGAAUGCGAUUAUUUAUUCGAAAUGGGUUUCGCAGACCAAAUGAAGACUAUUUUAAAAAAAGUUUCCCAAAACAGGUAAACUUUGAUGUUUUCAGCAACUAUACCAGAGGAGCUUUCUUCUUUUGCUAGAGCAGGCUUAAAAGAGUAUGUUUUUGUUAAAUUAGAUUCCGAAUAUACACUAAACGAGAAUCUUUCAUUGAAUUUUUUACUAGCAAGAAAUAACGAGAAAUUCGCCAUUUUAAUAUAUUUAUUAGAAAAGAUUAUUAAUUAUUCAGAAAAUACUGAAAACUCAACAAUAAUAUUUGCCUCAACUAAAUACCACGUAGACCUAGUGAGCGCCGUUUUGGAAAAAUUCAAAAUCGAAAACGUCUCCAUAUACGGUAAAAUGGACCCACUAGCCCGAAAAGACUAAAUAAAUGAAUUUAAAAGCAAAAGAGUUAACGUUUUAGUAGUCACAGACUUAGCUGCAAGAGGUAUAGACUUGCCCCAUGUUUAAAAUGUAAUCCAUUUUGACCUUCCUGCUUAGACUAAAAUUUUCAUUCAUAGAUCAGGGAGGACUGGUAGAGCUGGAAAAACAGGAAAUAUAUAUGCAAUGGUUAGCAUGAAUGAAAUUAUGUAUAUAAAUGAAGUCUGCUAUUAUGUUGGGAGGAAAAUAAGUGAAAAAGAAGAUGAUUUUUCAAAAAAAGAUAAUAAUAAAGCCUAUUAUGGGGUCGUUCCGUCGUCUUUAAUUGAAGAUACUUAAGGUAAAAUAGAAAUUUUGUAAAAGGAAGACAUAGAAAUUUAUAAAAUGUAAUAAAUGGCAAAUAAUGCAUUUAUUUAAUUCCUUAAAACUAGAGAAAGUGCAUCUAAAGUGUCUGUUAAAAAUCAAAAAAUGAUUAACAGGGAAAAAAUCAACCCUCUUUUUGCAAAUUUGGUCAAGGAUGAGGAAGAAAAAAUUGCUUUUUUGAACUAAAUAAGACAUUUUAAACCCUAAUAGUGUGCUUUGGAGAUUUUUUAAUAGAGAUAAAUUAAAAAUGCAGGCGUUUUAAAAGAAAGUGAUGAAAGUUAUGCUUUUUCAGGUUUUUAAUAAGCCGUUUAAUAAUUAAAAAAAUAAGAAAAAUAAUUCCAAGAAAGAAAAUAAAGAUAAGAAAAAAUCUCUUAAUUAAGAAUAGAAAUUUAAAAAUAGAAAGAAGAAGAAGAAGAAGAAAAAGAAGAUAUUUUAAGUGCUUUAGACGAACAAGAUGUCAGAAAAAUGGAAAAAGAAGAACAAGAAGGACUAAAUAUUGAUGAGAAUGACGAAAAUAUUUAAGAAGAUGAGCCAGAUAUUAAACUAGAAGAUGAAAAAAAGCCUUUAAAUAUAAAAAAAAAGAUAAAAAAAUCACAAAUACUCGAUUUUAGACAUAAAGAUUAAUACAUAAAUGCACAAUAAGAUCAUUUUAGGGUAAAAAAAAUUGAAGAUUCUUCAAAAAUUUAAACUUCGGAUGUAAAUGCAUAUAUAGUAGGGGAAGAUUACGAGGAUAUAUUAAGAAAUAAAAAAAAAAAUAUUUGGGAUAAAAAAAAGAAAUAGUUCGUUCGAGGAAAAUAAGAUGAAGUGGGAAGAAUAGUAAAAGACAAAGAAGAUAAACACCACAAAAAAUAGGGUUAAGUGGCAAAAGAAGUAUUAAAAAAAUGGUAAAAAAAAAAUAUGGUCAAAUUAUAAAAAGAAGGAGAAACUGAAGAUAGUAAUCUAGUUAAUAGAGUUAAAGGAAUGUUUAAAAAAAGAAAUCUAAACUAAAAAGGAAUUUAUUUAAAUGAUAAUAAUAAUGAAUUUAAAUAAAAAGGAGUUAAAAAUGAACUUAAAAAUCAAUAUUAAUUAUUAAAAAAUAAGAAAAUUAAGAAAGGAAAUAAACUUAAGAAUAUGGAUAGGGGUAAAAGAAGCUUAAUUAUUUAAAGAAAUAAAUAAAAUUUUAAAAGUCCUAAUAUUAAUAAAACACCAUUUAUAAGCUAAAAAUCAUAUUAAAAAGGUGGAAGAGGUGGAAGAGGUGGAAGAGGUGGAAUUAGAGGAAAAUCAGGAAGAGGAGGUUUUGGAGCAAAAUUUUGA